UGAAUACUUAAAGGCUCUGGAGUGCCCUCAGGCACUUUAAUCUAUUUGCCUAAAACAGAAAUGAGUGGGAUGGUAUAUUAAGCCAAAAAUAUAGUGUAACUUUUAUUUAAUACUACUUAAAUGAAGAAAGAUUUUUAAAAAACCAAAGUUCCAACUGAUAAUUAUCCUAUUCAGACAUUAGUGAAUAUGUCGCUCAAUCCAAGUCGACCUUCCUCUUCAGAGUUGGUGGAGCUUCAUGUUUUUUAUGUCCCUGAAGGAUCCUGGAACUAUAAAUUAAAUACCAUUUCUAUAGAAGUUGUUAACAAAUUCAUUUCAGCUGGAUUUAUAAGAGUAUCUCCUCAUCUUACUUUGCAAGCCUUGAGGGAACGUCUGGGUGAGUUCCUUGGUGAAGAUGCUGUUGCAGAAAAAUUUUUAUUUCUGAAAUGCAUCGGAAAUAAUUUAGCUGUGGUGAAAGAAAAGCAGGAAUCAGAACUGAAACUCAAGUCAUUUGCUCCUCCAUACGCUCUUCAACCAGAAUUAUAUUUACUUCCUGUAAUGGACCACUUAGGAAAUGUUUAUUCAGCAUCAUCGACCAUUACCUUAGAUGAGCGGCAGAUUAAUAAUGGUGUGACGGAGGCUGACGAAACAGUCCAGAGACCCGUUAGCAUCUCUUUGUCAAGAGAGGAACCUGGAAGAUAUUCUACUUUGUUAGAAAACACUUUGAAAGAGCUUCUUAACAAGACUCAGGAAGAAGCUGAGGAAAAAGCCACUCCAAAAGAAAGCAAGGUUGCAAAAACUCAAAUCGGAAAUUCUGACUUAUCGGGAUCAUUGGAAGAUUCAGAUAAUGAUUACUUUAACUACAGAAAAAGUGAGCUCCCUUGCAAAACUGAAGAAGAUGCAGCCGUCAGCAGAAGACAGGACUAUCAGACAGGUGAAAAAGAGUGUAUCACCCUACCAGAUCUUAUUGAUUUCCCUUCAUUUCCUUGUCAGCCUGUUUCUCCAGGAAAAGCUGAUAUCUGUUUAUUACAGAUGGAAAGAGAGAAGAUUAUCCAACAAAUGAAACAGGUAAAGGAAGAAAGAAGGUAUCUGGAAAGAAUUAGAGAAGAACUCCUUAAAAAAGUCAAAAAACUGUUUGAACAAAACAAAUCAAGGCAAUGUCAAGCCUUUGAUGGUUGGAAGAAAAAAUACUUUCAAACAAAGAAAGUCACAGCAUCAUUGGAGGAGGUUUUGACGAAACUUCGAGAAGAUUUAGAACUCUACUAUAAAAAAUUGCUCAUGCAACUUGAAGCCAGGGAGAUCAAGAUGAGACCCAAGAACUUGGCAAACAUCACAGACUCUAAGAAUUAUUUAAUAAUCCAGAUCACUGAGGUCCAGCAUGCAAUUGACCAACUUAAGAGAAAACUGGAUACCGACAAAAUGAAACUCAUAAUAGAAGUUAAGAUGAGAAAACAAGCAGUUUCAGACUUACGAACACUGAAAGCUGAACUGGCACGGAAGAACAUUAAUCCAUCUCUACCAUCUCAAUUAGUACCUGGAAGUGUGCCUAGCUAAGAGCUCAACAGAUGAUUUUGUUUAUGAUGAAUCAGCCGAAUCAAAAGGUAAUGGCAAUGGAGGAGGAAAGAACCUUCUUUUUUAAAAAGGUCUCACAAAAUAGCUCCAGGGUACGCCUCUAUAUGUAACUGGUUACCAUAUCCUUCAGCAAACUAUAUCCAAGAAACAUUGUUCCCUUGCCUGCAGCUAACAGUGCCAUAAAACAAGGUUCUAUUCAACAAUUAAACACUCUAUGUACUGUCUCAAAUCCUGUCUUUAAGAGGGACAUAUAGUGUUUUCUAAAUAUAUUUGCCCUUAGCACAUGUGUGAAUAUUUUGUGCACAUGGGUGGUGUGAGUAAUAUCAGCAGUUCCCAGGACAGAGUAUUCCUAAAUACUCUUUAGGAAAGACAGAAUUACAAUGUAGCCCAGUUUCACUAAUAUAGAUACAUAAUUUUGAUUCUAAAGGUUAGAACGCUCUACACUAAACUUUUCUGUAUGAUUGAUACGUAGGCAUAUAUAUGUAUGUCAAUCACAAUUUGUUACAUAUAGUACAUUUGCAGUCAUUUUUUUAUAAAUGGUAUCAGAUCAUUAGUCAGAAAUAUAAGCCCUUGCUGGAAUUAACCUACAUCAUAUU